AUGCCUGGCACCCUUGGUGAGCAGACGAUUCCUGGAGCCAAACUAGAUCAUUCUUCGGCCCCACCGGAGCCCAGAUGCGCUGAGUUCUAUGUAAUAACUCAACCAGAGGGCCAGGUGAUCGCCAAUAACAAUUUCUGUCUACCAUUUGUCUCCCUACAGCCAAAGCUAUCUUUUCAGAUCAAUCAAUGUACCUUCUGGAACCAAAGCUCUAUUUUCCCAGUUUUCAACAUAUGGCGUCCUGGAUAUUUUGGUAUUUCUCUUCCACAGCUAGGGCCUGACCCCGUCAAGCUCAGCAGAAAGAACGACUUCGUCGUGACGGGACAUGAAAAUGACUCAGAGGCUUUCAAGACAAGCAACACAGAUACUAUUUCCUUCAGCGCGGAAGGCUUAGUGGCCGUUAUCGACGUCGACCCACCUCCCUGGUAUAGUUGUCGCGUGUGCAACUGUCACCGAGGAUACGUGUCUUUACCGAACGGCGAGCGCUGGAACUGGAUCGAAAUUGACAGCGAGCACUAUCAGUUUGAUCGCGAAGAUGACAGCCGAAAUCAGGAUGCCCCAUUGAGAACAUUGAUAUGGCAGUUCCAGAGCAGCGGGACGGCUUCGGACGGCCUGCCGGCAGAUAUGCCAUUCGCUGUCAAUGGAGAUACUCGAAUUUGUCGGGUCAACGCAUCUCCCUCAAUAUCCGACCCGCUUGUGGCUGGAAAUCCUGUUGCCGUGAUGAAUUGGGAUGGGUUCGUCUUCUUUGAUGGGAUGGGGCCGAAGAUGGCUGAGGUUCAGACCGAGGAUAACCGAGCUUUGAUUCUUAUGUCCGGGCUUGCGAUUGCGCAGUAUGAAGGUUGGCUAGCAGAGUGA